AGACUUUCGAGUCCAAUGUUAAAAAGGGCGGAGACUGAGUUCCUGAAACAGGCUCAUCCCCGGCCUGCUCUUCCCACCCCACCCUUGCUCCUCUCCGCAGUGUCCCAAGCCCUGCAGUGCUACAGCUUUCAACACAUUUACUUCGGGCCCUUUGACCUCAGCGCCGUGAAAUUCCCCAACAUCUCCUGUCUCCACGGAUGCUCCGAAGCUGUCUUGUCCGUGGACACUGGGUACCGCGCCGCGGUGACCAUGGUGCAGAAAGGCUGCUGGACAGGCCCGCCCAGCGGCCAGAUGCGGUCCAACGCCCGCGCGCUGCCGCCCGACUACACGGUGGUGCGCGGCUGCGCGACCGACUUGUGCAACGCCGACCUGAUGAACCACUACACCAUCCCCAACCUGAGCCCAGCGCCCGACCCGCAGACUCUCAGCGGCGUCGAGUGCUACUCCUGCGUGGGCAUCCACCCAAAGGACUGCGCCCCGGAGAAGUCCCGACGGGUUCAGUGCCACCAGGACCAAAGCGUCUGCUUCCAGGGCAAUGGCCAAAUGACCGUCGGCAACUUCUCAGUCCCCGUGUACAUCAGAAGCUGCCACCGGCCCUCCUGCACCAUCGCGGGCACCACCAGCCCCUGGACAAAUAUCGACCUCCAGGGCUCCUGCUGUGAGGGGCGCCUCUGCAAUGGGGGGGCCGUGGCCCAGCCCUUCACCCCCGCCCCGUCCACAGCUCCUCACCUGGCGCCCCUCUUCCCGGCCCUGCUCCUCACCGUGCUCCUACUGGCCUGGGAGAAAUUGGGGCCCCAGCACCCCCAGGUGUGGAGAAACAGCCACAUCCUGCCCCACAUGAAGAGCAUUCCUGACAAUAGCUGUUAGUCACUGGGCACCAGCCCGGCAUAGGCACCCCACAGCCCGGCUGCCUGUGCCCCCUCCAGAGCCCAGGACCAGCUCCAGAACGGAGCGCCCGUGCUGUCUGGAUCAGUACCAUCAUGAGAGGCUCCAGAGGCAGUGCGUCCUAGGAGUUAGGAGCCCAGCCUCUCGAGGGAGGCUGUAUGGGUUUGAAUCCCAGCUGCACCUUGUAGCCUGUGGGUAACCUUGGGCAAGUUACGUAACCUCUCUGUGCCUGUGUUUCUUCACCUGUAAGGCAGAGGUGAAAAUAAAACCUAUAAAAAUGACAAAACCUA